AUGGCGAUUCCAAACCCUUUCGUCGUGUACAAACGCGACGCCAGGCAACUCGCAUACUGGAUGAUCCACGCAUCCAACUUUAUCUUCAAGACACGGAAAAGGGACCACGGCGCUUGGGAGUCGCCUAUCGAGUUCAACACAACCGGACAAAUCCAUGUCGACGAUUUCCCAACGGUCGCAAAGUUCGUGAUCAAGCACAUGCAGGUGAUACCGCCUGCUAUAUUCCGCCUAUUUAGGUCCGUCAUCGACGCGAGGACGGAGCAUCUGGCCUUCUUGCGACGCAUCGUAAGCGAGGAAGACCCUCAGUACGGCAAAGACAUCAAGAUUCACGAUACGUUUGUCCGACUCGUUACGGAGGCUUUCGUUGCCCUCGGCGGAAAUGCCUGGGUAGAGACCGAGCAGCCACGAGGCGGGAAAGGUCGACCGAAUACCAGCAACUUGACUCCAGAAAAACUAGCCGACUUCAUCAAUUUCUCAGCAUUGGAUCUAAAAAGCCUCAGCCUUGACAGCUCAGAAGAGAAUUCAAGUGACGCCGUCCCUGUUCCUCUUCGUGGAUCCCAAAGGCGAGCCCAAGCGAAAUCGGGUAGAGGGGGCAAGGGCAAGAAAAAGCCGAAGAAGGCUCCAGGUGCCCUCUUGAACCAGGUGCCACUUGAGCAAUGCAGCAUCGUCGAAGUCAAUGGCAUUGGAGAAGCCGAGUCAUUCAUGGCUGCUUGUGCAAUCGCCAAAGAGUGCGUCAUCCUCAGAAACUAUCUCCAGAAUAUCUGGCGCGAGGCAGCGUACUUCUUCGGCGAGGUUCCAGAGUUACAAUCGUACGAGACGUUUCUGGCGGCCAUCAUCCGUGGAAACCUCGAGGCUGCACAAGGCUCAUUCAUCAAAGCUUUGGCAAAACUGAGUCCGGUAAGCCAGCAUGAAGGAACCAAGACGACCUCUAUCGACUUGAAAGAGUACAUUCAGCUUGGCACCUACCGAGAUCUUGUUGAUUUCAUCGAAGACUAUCAACAGUCAGAGGAUGGGAAGCCUACUACGAAGAUGCUUGUCAAGAUCAAAGACUGGGAUCCCACGCUAGACUUACAACAUACUACGAAGAGGGAAAGAUUGAAGUGGCGGAGAUCAUACACAAUCAACUGGCUCUAUGAUCUCGUCAACUCCUAUACAGCCCCUAAACGCCGUGAUGGAGAAUGGGUGCGACUUGAAAACUUACCCAACUGUCCAUUGAUGGGCUCUGAACCGCUUCUUGGUCUUCAGGAUUUCGCAUGUUUUGUUACUUCGUUAUUAAUGAAGAAGCCAGGAACGGAUUUUAUCCAAGACAUCAUGCCUCAUCGCGUCUUUCAGCUACAAUGCAUUGUCGAUGCUUUCACCGUAUCAUGUGGCUGGACCAACACCACUCGGCGGGGGCACGUCCUUGGACCACGAUCUCCUGAUAUGUUUGGUCCGAUGAAAGACAUUGAUGGGUUUCUGGGACGGAGACCCGUAGGAAACAGCAACCAGGAGCGCAGCGGCAAUGGCAAAGACAGAGGCAAAGGCGGUACAAAGCUGUACAUCGGUGACAUUGAACUGUCUAUCGGCGACAACACAAACGAUGACGGCAAUAUUCAUAACGACGACAAGAAGUUGGGGGUCAGCAAUGGACUUCUUCGGUCUGCCAACUUGAUGGCUCACUUUUACGGGGCAGAACUCCGUAACGCGCAUAGGCAACCCAUGAUGGGUUUCUUGAGCGUCUUUUGCAAAGAAUUCGACUUCCUGGGCCAGUCAGUACCAAUGACUGGCGACAUACUCCCAACAUCCCGCUUCGAUCAUACCGGACCCAAUGGUAUGUGGAGAUACUCUCCGUACCUCUGUGGCGUGGGAGUUAUGGAGGGCCUGGAAAGGGUUUACCGCACAAGCAUGCUCAUCUGGGACAACCUAGAGGAACCGACGGCAAUGAUACAUCUCCACAACAUGCUUGUACAGCGUCAGCAUAUUAAACAGCCUUUGGCUCACUAUCAAGUACUACAAGACAUGUUUCAAGACAGCUUCUUUCUUGACGGCGAAGCUCCACGGUCCAACUUUGCUGAAGCCUUUCUUGGUAUUGGAGAGCUCCUCUGGGGUGCUGAAAGAGCGAAACAAGAGCCGGCCCUCCCGGCAUCAGCGGGAUACCAUCGCUCAAUCGACGUUGGCAGAAACUUGGCCUUCAAUACCAAGUCUCAUUUGUUGCUUUACCGAGAAGCGAAUUGGCAUGUUGAAUGGAUACCGGACAAGGAACUCAACCCAUGGACUCGUUUGGCCUUGCUACGCGCUUCGAGACUGGUUGCCUGUUCUCCUCUGAAUCGCGUGACCACGGAUCAAGAAAACAUACUUGAUCGUGUCAAGAAAGCUUUAGGUGUAGACGAUCAAGAGCUACUGUCCCGAAGGAACGCCCUGUUGAAGAAGCUCGGUCAAACACAGUCUAACCAGUCCAGUACCGGCCCGAACGGUAUGCCGGUUGAAGUCGUGUCCGGGGAUCGCGUUAAGCCUAGUCGAGUGCAAAUACUCGAUUUGAUCAAAAAGGACUUGUACGACGAUAUUUGUGGGAACCGCUCCUACUCCACGCUCAACUACAUACUGUUGUAUGUCAAUAUGAUCGAAACCUUUGAGAAGAUCGAAUAUGAACUUGCAAGAGCACAAGAUUCCGACUGCCAGAGCAUCCUGGAGUUGGAGACAAGACUUCGCAUGGUUGAUGGAUUGCUGCGGAAAGAGCGAGAAAGGGAAAGCGUCAAGAUUGUCGCAAAGGUCUUGGAAGCUCAGAGAGAGUUGCCAUGUCGCUAUCCCCGGAACGAGAAGCCAGUGAUACCAUCGCCUCGAGGAGAGGAUGACUUGGAUUAUGACGGAGACGAGAUGUUGUGCUCAGUCAUGUGA